CUUCUUCUUUGUCAGAUUUUAAUUUCAUUUUUGUUUCUUUUUAUCCUUUCUUCUUUUCUAAUCCUUCCCUUUGGAUCCUGAAGAUCAUUGCGUCUGAAUAUGAACGACUUGUUCUCUGGCUCCUUCUCUCGCUUCCGUAGCGAGCAAUCGUCGCCUGACCAUCAUCAACACCAUGACAUCGAGAUGGGUUCUGUCAUGGCCUCCAUUGGCGGCGGCGGCGAUCUCAACAAGUUCUUCGAGGAAGUAGAAUCUAUAAAGGACGAGCUUAAAGAGCUGGAAAGACUGAACCAGAAUUUGCAGAGCUCUCACGAGCAGAGCAAGACCCUUCACAAUGCCAAGGCCGUCAAGGACCUUCGCUCUCGAAUGGACAGCGACGUUGCUCUUGCUCUUAAGAAGGCGAAGCUCAUCAAGAUCAAACUGGAGGCACUGGAGCGAUCCAACGCCGCCAGCCGGAGCCUUCCCGAUUGUGGACCCGGCUCGUCAUCGGACCGGACACGGACAUCUGUGGUGAACGGUUUGAGGAAGAACCUGAAGGACUGCAUGGACAGUUUCAAUGAACUCAGACAGCGAAUCUCCGUCGAGUACCGGGAGACCGUGCAGCGCAGGUAUUUCACGGUCACCGGAGAGAAUCCCGACGAGAAGACCGUCGACCUCCUGAUUUCUACAGGUGAGAGCGAAACGUUUCUUAGGAAAGCCAUCCUGGAGCAAGGCAGGGGAAGAAUACUGGACACCAUCAAUGAAAUUCAAGAGAGGCACGAUGCGGUGAAAGAUUUGGAGAAGAAUCUGCAGGAGUUGCAUCAAGUGUUCCUGGACAUGGCAGUGCUGGUGCAAUCCCAAGGCGAGCAAUUGGAUGAUAUUGAGAGCCAUGUGGCGAGAGCCAGCUCGUUUGUUAAGAGGGGAAACCAGAACCUACAGACAGCAAGGAAGCACCAGAAAAACACCAGGAAAUGGACCUGUUAUGCUAUUAUUCUUCUGCUUGUGAUUAUCUUGUUCGUCGUGCUAUUCACUGUGAGGCCGUGGGAAAAUACUGGUGGCAGUUCUUCAUCAUCACCGCAAACACCUGUACCACCACCGCCUCCUCCUCCUUCGGCUUAAUCUUGGAAAUUAGUCUCGAUUAUUAGUGAUGUAGAUCGGGAUGCUUGUGGGAUUCAUAGAGAUUUUAUGCUCCAGGGCUUGUAUCUGGCUGAAGUGAGACUGACAUGAUUUGAGAGGUACGGUGAUCUUCAACAGUUUUACAUAUCAAUUCGAGGAAAAGUGGGGGGAUGGCUUCACUGGGGCAGUUUAUGGUUUUGGGCAUUACAUUCUUUUUCUGUAAUUAAUUUAGAUGAGAGGAUCAGUCGCCUGUUCAUUGGAGGCUUAUAUGUGCAUUCUUUAUGGGAUAUUUAUUAUUACGUAAUCUGCAUUGAGUAUGAGACGUGCAUAAAUUUUUGUUA